AUGCCUUCGAGGAGAGGCGGAGGAAGACCGAGCUUGAGCCAGGGUCUCGACCGAGAGGUCUAUCAAGUGGUACGCAAAAUCAUCGAUGACCAGCCGGAGAAUGGAAAGAUCCGCCUCUCUGUUCCUACCAUCUUUGAAACAAUUAAGAAAUCGAACUCGAGCCUCAAUAGGAAACCGAAGAAGCUACUUGAGGAUAGUAUUGAGCGGGUUCUGGAAGUCGUGAAAAGCGAUGUUCUGGGUGAUGAUGAAGAGGACUCCAUAGAGGGGGAUUUUGAGGGUUUGGAGGAGAAGCCUAUCCCAGUAAGUGAAUCCAAUGGUAUCAACAAGAGCAUUGUAGGCAUGUGGUCGACCGCGAAAUCCGGGCCGUUAACGACGAAACCGACGGAAUCUACUGGCGGAGACAGCACACCAGCCCCAGCAACGGCUCCCCCGAACAAGAGAAGAACCCAUGGAGGCGAAUCGGUUUCUAAGCGUCGUCGAGCUGAAGCCGCAGUCGAUCGAUCUCCUCCUACCCAUGUCACUCUGGCCGACUUGGGAGGCUUAGAUGAUGUGGUUCAGGAACUUGCAGAUCUCCUGGUUCUACCGAUGACCAGACCGCAAGUCUACCUUUCGUCAAAUGUCCAACCACCACGAGGUGUCUUGCUGCAUGGUCCCCCCGGUUGCGGAAAAACAAUGAUCGCGAACGCUUUUGCGGCCGAACUGGCAAUUCCCUUCAUUCCUAUUUCAGCUCCGUCGAUCGUGUCGGGCAUGUCUGGCGAGUCUGAAAAGGCUCUCAGAGAACAUUUCGAAGAGGCCAAGAAAAUUGCACCCUGUCUGAUCUUCAUUGAUGAGAUUGAUGCAAUCACACCAAAGCGCGAAAGCGCCCAAAGGGAGAUGGAGAAGAGAAUUGUUGCCCAGUUGCUCACCUGCAUGGAUGAUCUUGCCCUGGACAAAACUGAUGGAAAGCCCGUCAUCGUUCUUGCAGCUACCAAUCGUCCGGACAGCUUAGAUGCCGCCUUACGACGGGGCGGGAGAUUUGACAAAGAAAUCAACAUGACUGUACCCUCCGAGCCUGUCAGAGAACAAAUCUUGCGAGCUCUCACACGAAAAAUGCGUCUCGCAGAUGAUCUUGAUUUCAAGACCCUUGCGAAGAGAACGCCUGGGUUUGUUGGUGCUGAUUUGAACGAUCUGGUUUCGACUGCUGGGUCUGCAGCUAUCAAACGCUAUUUGGAUAUCCUCAAGUCCAACAGUGGCGAAGAGAUGGAGAUUGAGGAAGUUGACGAGAUUAGCCCUAAAGUCAAGGAAUUGCGACGUCUCAUUAUACAUGCCAAGGAAGCACCCAUCGGAGAGGAAUCGCAAACAAUUCUCGUCUCGAACGCAGAUUUCUUUACCGCACUCCCCAAAAUCCAACCGUCUUCGAAGCGAGAAGGGUUUGCCACUAUUCCGGACACGACCUGGGCAGACAUCGGUGCUUUAGGCGAUAUCCGCGACGAAUUAGGGACUGCAAUCGUUGAGCCGAUUAAGAAUCCCGACAUCUACGCUAGAGUUGGCAUCACCGCGCCCACGGGUGUGCUCCUCUGGGGCCCGCCAGGCUGUGGUAAGACAUUGCUCGCCAAAGCCGUGGCCAACGAGUCUCGUGCCAACUUCAUCAGCGUCAAGGGGCCGGAGCUUCUGAACAAAUUCGUUGGUGAAUCUGAACGCGCUGUCCGACAAGUCUUCGUGCGCGCCCGUUCUUCCAUCCCUUGCGUGAUCUUCUUUGACGAGCUGGAUGCCCUCGUUCCGCGCCGUGAUGACACCCUCUCCGAAGCCUCGGCGCGAGUCGUCAACACCCUCCUCACGGAGCUCGACGGGCUUGGAAGUAGCCGCCAAGGUAUCUAUGUGAUUGCCGCCACGAAUCGGCCCGACAUCAUCGAUCCCGCAAUGCUCCGCCCCGGUCGUCUCGAGACUCUCCUCUUUGUCAACCUGCCGAGUCCCUCAGAACGCGUGGAGAUUCUCCAGACGCUUGUGCGGAAGUUGGCCAUAGACUUCGAUGAGAACCUGAGAAAACUGGCGGAAGAUUGUGAAGGAUUCAGCGGCGCAGAUCUGACCAGUCUCCUCCGGCGCGCCGGUUACUCUGCCAUCAAGCGGCGAGACACCAUCAAGUUCGAGGACUUUGUCGCAGCCAAAGCGUUCAUCCGACCGAGUGUCACAGAUAUGAAGAAAUACGAGAAACUCCGAAGAGACUGGAGCGGAGGGGUGAUCUAA